ACAUAGGCCUCAACGAGCAUGUUGCGGAAAGUAUUUGCCGUGCUUUGUUUCUGCUGUAUGGCCCAUAUGGCCUGUAGUCUCGAAGCUGAUUGGAUUAGCUAUUCAGAUCAAGCUGACCUUCCUAUGUCUCAGAAAUGGCGAGAUGAGAUGAAGGCAAAGCUGGCCAGCAUUGAUACGGACAAGCUUACGCCUCAACAAAAGAAGAAGUUCCAGGCACUUUGGCGUCGUGUAGAAGGCACAUCAGGAGAUUCAACAGCUUUCUCUCCAAAUGCCCUGGCUGUUGUUGCCAUAGUGCUGGCGGCAGUGCUUUGGCAUACAAAGCCAUGGAACACACUGGCACAGCCAGCGUCGCAAGGGACUUGCUGAUGGAACUUGCUCUUUCAUGCUAUUGGUUGACACGAAGUUUACAUUACAUACACGGAAGUUUCCUAAAAUCAUCUAAAUCAUCCAUUUUGAUAGGAUUUUCCCUUAUAAAUCCCCCUAAAUCAAGGAUUUUCCCUUAUAAAUCACAAAUUUUUGGGGUAUCCCCAUGACUAUGGAAACCACCAUAUACGUGGUUGAUCGCCAAGGAUGGCAGCUUCUCAGAGCAAGCUCCUUAGUACCGUUCUUGAAUGUUCGUGGUCAAUGUUCGUGGUUGACGAUAUUAAUUGGGGGCGUUGCCUCAAAGAUAAUUAGUGAAUAUGAGUGAUAAAGUAUGAUAAAUAUCACAUUAAAGAUUGCUACCCCCCCUAUUGAUCCACAUCCUAUUGAUCCACAUCCUAUUGAUAGAUUGGGGGUGGAUGAAUCCACGGUUUUUCCAAACUCCGACUUCUUUUAGGCCCAGACCCUGCCCGCAGUGCAGAGCUAAGAGACUUACGCUUACGUCGAUUUGCUAACCAAAGUGCAAGCCAAGACUAAUUGCAAAAAA